AGUACGUCGGUGGUUGUAGACUAAUGGAGAGUUACCAUCAGAAUCAGGUGUGCCAGAGUGGCAGGGAAGCGAUCUGAGGACCUGUUGCAUCUAUGAGCCGUUGCUUGUGAGAUUCUGAGAGGUCUCAGGAUGGAGGAGCAACCAAGCUGCCUCAAUGUCAGCAUUCCCUGCACCAAUGAGCAGAGAGACAAGAAGAAACGCUAUACUGUUUACAAAGUAAUUGUCAGUGUUGGAAGGCAUGAGUGGUUUGUGUUCCGGAGAUAUGCAGAAUUCGACAGACUGUACAACACCUUAAAAAAACUGUUUCCUGCUCUGAAUUUGAAGAUUCCUGCUAAGAGAAUAUUUGGAGACAACUUUGACCCAGAGUUCAUAAAACACAGAAGAGCGGGGUUACAUGAGUUUAUUCAGAAGAUUGUGUCCCAUCCACAGCUCUGCAACUAUCCGGAUGUCAAAGACUUUCUGCAGAUGGACAAAUCUAAAAACUUCUCUGAUGCCUCAGAGGAUGAAGAUGAUAAGAGUACCUCUACCUCGAGAAAUAUAAACCUAGGGCCAUCUGCAAAUCCACAUGCUAAGCCCACUGACUUUGACUUUCUUAAAGUCAUAGGAAAGGGAAGCUUUGGGAAGGUUCUUCUUGCAAAGAGGAAACGGGAUGGGAAGUGUUACGCCAUCAAAGUCUUGCAAAAAAAGGUCAUUUUAAACAGGAGAGAGCAAAAGCACAUUAUGGCUGAACGUAAUGUGUUGCUAAAGAAUGUUAAACACCCCUUCCUGGUUGGACUGCACUAUUCCUUUCAGACAACAGACAAGUUAUACUUUGUCCUGGAUUUUGUCAAUGGUGGAGAACUUUUCUUUCACCUCCAAAAAGAGCGGACCUUUCCUGAACCCAGAGCGAAGUUUUACAUUGCUGAGAUGGCAAGUGCUCUGGGUUACUUACACUCUCUUACCAUUGUUUACAGGGAUUUGAAACCAGAAAAUAUCCUGCUGGACUCUCAAGGACAUAUAGUCUUGACUGACUUUGGACUGUGUAAGGAGGGCAUCUCCCAAGCAGACACAACGACCACAUUUUGUGGGACACCUGAGUAUCUAGCUCCAGAGGUACUCCGGAAACUACCCUAUGAUAACACUGUGGACUGGUGGUGUCUGGGUUCUGUGCUGUAUGAAAUGCUUUAUGGGCUGCCUCCAUUCUACAGCAGGGACACACAUGAGAUGUAUGACAACAUUCUUCACAAGGAACUUGUCAUGCGCCCCGGGGCAUCCACAGCUGCCUGGUCCAUCCUUCAGGCCCUGCUGGAGAAAGACCACACCAGGAGGCUUGGCUACAGAGAUGACUUUAAUGAAGUCAAAGGACAUGAAUUUUUCUCAACAAUUAACUGGGAUGACCUUGAACAGAAAAAGCUUCCUCCUCCAUUCAACCCUAGUGUGGAAUCCCAGUAUGACAUCUCAAACUUUGAUCCUGAGUUCACAGAGGAAACCGUGCCAAACUCUGUGUGCUUCUCUUCAGGGCAGUCAAUCGUCAAUGCUAGUGUUAUGGAAGCUGAUGAUGCCUUCCUGGGAUUUUCUUACGCUCCGCCGUCAGAAGAUUCUUUCCUGUAAGGGUGGUGCUGCUAAUGGCGAUCCACAGAGAGCUGAAUGAAACGUCUGUGAUCGCUCUCUGAUGAAAGGGAAGAAUUUGUUGAGCGCAAUGUCACGAUCAGAGGGUGGACCUUUGUGUUUCCUAACAUAAGUUUUGGGAUGCAGGGUGUUUCAAACUUUAUUUUUAUGCAUAAAUAACAUUAUAUUUUGUGUAACAUUGAACGCCUUCCCUGAGAGUUUAGCUCAGGAGCUGAAGUAUUGAUGUUUUUUUGUUUUUUUUGUAAGAAUUAUUUUCAAGGGCUGAUGAUAUUUGUAAACAAAAUAUCUACUUUGACACAUUCCUUGUUUUGCCCCAACUCUUACACUUGAUUGCUUAAAUACUAUGCAGUAUAUGAUCAAUUAUGUUCUUGUAGUUUAGUCUCUUAUCAGCAAUUAGCUAUGGAAAAAAUGUUCAUAUAAUGUCAACGCAAGCAAUAAAAAAAUUGCUGAUUGACAAAUUAAUAUAUAUUCCAUUUAUACUGUUUAAUAUGUAUGAGUUAGAAAAUAGGCAGAAGCUGUUUCGAAAUCAAUUGUUUUGAAAUCAAAAUAAAUUUUGAUAAGCCCUGUAAGGGUUUGGGUCAUCAACAGCCAAAGUACAAUGUGAAUUAAAUAUUUGUGGCUAUUUUCGUGUUAGAUUUUAAUGAGUUAAUAGCACUUAAAUACUGACAAUGACCCUGUAAUAAACCACUGUUUCAUUUCCCGCAUUUUGAUUAUGAGACGAGACACCACAGUGCCUACUGACUUAUGAUACUGUACUGUACAAGUAAACAUUCUUGAAUUACUUGGCUGUCGCGUGAUGCAUCUCAUUUGCAUAUAUUUGCAUGUGUUAUGCUACUGGGCCAGAGCUUCGCGCCCAGUUACCAAGCUGUGAAAGUAAAUUUUAUAGAACAAUAUGAUAAUAAUGUUUUUAAAUAGAUGUGGUGCGUUACCAAACUCACUGAAUAAUAAAAUGUUUGUUCACAGGACACAUCUCAUUUGCAUAUAUUAUGAGCACGAGCUUCCCGCCCAUAUGUGUGUUAUCCUUAUUAAAGAAGGAGAUAAUAAAAUGUAAAUAUUU